GGUUGUGCCUGUUGUGUGUGUGUUGUGUGUGCUAGCUAGCCAUUUACUGUUUCAUUUAAACCGUUAAUUUAACAAAAUUUUACAAAAACAAAUGGCCCACGCCGCGACGAGUAAAACCGAUCCAGUGCGCAUUGUGCUGGCAAAUCUCAUCGCCGAAUCCCAAACGCCAUACACGCCCGAGAAGAUACUACGUGAAUUUCGUGCCACCGUCGAUAAGCGGCGCCCCGACCGCGAGCUCCUGUCGCUGCUCGAGUCCAUCAGCUGCAAGCGGCCCAAUUAUCGCGAGGUGCUAGCCGAAAUAACAAGCACACUCGAGCGGAAGGAUCCCAUGUACGCACUGCUGGUCUUUGCCGAACGCAUCAACGACGACGCCAUGUGGCCCUUAAAGUACGGCAGCAGCUCGAACCUAUCGCAUCCGGCAAGCCAAAAAAAUGUCGAAUCGCCAGCCCCGUUGCUGGAUGCAGCCACCCAUCGCAGCUCCAGCAGUCUGCUGCAGGUUGAGGAGCAGCCGACCAAUGCCAGUGGCGAUCAUGCGCGCAACUCGCAACUCGACCUGUCCACAUCGACGCCCGUCACGCAUCGCAAGUCCGACGAGUCCCUGGGCCUUGCCACGGUGCCCGUGACGACGGCCAUAGCGACAUAUGCACGUCGUCCGGUGCCCAGCGAGCCAAUUGUGCCGCGUGGCGAUCUCAGCGUGAUCAAGAAGCGCGUGCUGAAUGCUGUCUCGAACAGCACGGCGCUGACAAUGGGCUCCAUUGAUCAGCUUCUGAAUAGCAGCAGCAGCAAAGCCAGCAAUCGUUCCGCGGGCAACAAUGCGGUGGCCAGCAAUGCCGCCAGUGCCCGAUCUGGUGUCACCUACAAUCUGGACUCGAGUCCCGGCAGCAGUCCCUGCAACAGCCAUAGAUCCGGCAUGAGCAUUGCCAUCAGCACGGGCACUAGCAAUGGCGGGAACAGCAGUCGCGCUCCAAGCAGUCGGGCCACCAGCAGCGGAUAUCGGCCGCUGAGCAAUGUCUUCCUGGAGCGCUGCAGUCUGAACAACAACAAUAACAACAAGUAUUUGGUUGGCUGCAAGGAUGGACUGCCGGACGAGUAUCGCACACAUUUGCUCUGGGACUACUAUAAGGUGGAGCCACCGAAUCCGAUGCCCAAGCCCGAGCUGGCCGCCCUGCCGCCGGAUGCCCAGCAGCGUCUGCUACUCACCGAAAUCAUCUACUGCCUGAGCGGUGUGCGCGGCAAUUAUAUUGUGGCGCUGCCCCACGACGAGUUGUCGCUGGGCCUCGCCAAAUACGAGACCCGUUUCAGUGUUCAUGUGCAUCUGGACAAAUCGCUGGCCGAAAUGGUGCACGAAAUACUGCCGCUGGCCUCGCACUUUAUGGGCAUACAAAAGGUGAUCGCGCUGACGGACGGCAAUGGUCAGGUGAACAAUGCGCUCAACGCUGCGCUCCAAAACAUCACGCACGACUUUUAUAUGCUGCUGCAGCAGGCCGAGGUCGAGAUGCUCAAGAAUGAUCUGACCGUGCCCAAGCUACUAUACUAUUUGCAGCCAACCAUUUGGGUCAUAGAUGAGAUCUGGACAACUUUGGCGGAACUGGAUAUGCAUGAUUACCAUGGCGCUGCCGUGCUGUCGCAUCUGUGCGAUCGCAUCAAGCAUUUGGAGGGCGACAAAUAUGCCCAGGAGCUGAUCAUUGGGCUGGCCAGGAAGGCGGCUGAGCCGUAUAUGCGUAUGCUGCAGCUGUGGAUACAGAAGGGCAUCAUUGUGGAUAGCACGCACGAGUUUCUGGUCGAGGAUAAUGAGGUCAUACACAAGGAUGAGCUGCCCGAGCAUUAUUCCGAUGACUAUUGGGAGAAACGCUAUACAGUACGCACCGAAUGUAUACCCACAUUCCUGGAGAAGUACGCAGACAAAAUAUUGCGCACCGGCAAAUAUCUGAACGUGAUUCGGCAAUGCGGCAAGCGUGUGAUGCCCACACAGCAAAUGAAUCUCGAAUUUGAUCCGACCAGCGAGCUGCAUGUACAUGUCAUAAAUGAUGCCUACUAUUUUGCGGCCCGGAUGCUGCUCGAUGUGCUGCUCACCGAGAACGAUCUGAUGGGGCAUCUGCAGUCGGUGAAGCGUUAUUUGUUGCUGAAUCAGGGUGAUUUUACCAUGCAAUUCAUGGAUGCCUGCGAGGAUGAGCUGGCCAAGAAUGUCGAUCUGGUGCUGCCCAUGACGCUGGAGAAUCUCUUAGGUCUGACGCUGCGUCUAUCCUCCGCACGCAGCGAUCCGUACAAGGAUGAUUUACACUGCGAGCUGCUCACCUACGAUCUGGUCACACAAAUGUCCAAGAUCAUGAACCAGAAGGAGGAAUACUGGAAGACCACGGAUCGCCUCGACUUGAGUGGCCUGGAAUGCUUUGCCUUUACCUACGAGGUCAAGUGGCCCGUUUCGCUGGUGCUCAAUCACAUUGCCAUUACCAAAUACCAGAUGCUCUUCCGCCAGCUCUUCUACUGCAAGCACGUCGAGCGCCAGCUGUGCAAAAUAUGGAAGGAGAACUCGAUUGCCAAAAAGUUCUCACCGCAUGCCGCUGAGCUGUAUCGUUCGGCCUUUACGCUGCGCCAGCGCAUGAUGAACGCGGUGCAGAAUCUCGAAUACUAUAUGAUGAUCGAGAUAAUUGAGCCCAAUUGGCAUAUUUUCAUUGAGAAAAUGAAGAAUGUGGAGAACGUGGACAUGGUGCUCAGCUUGCAUCAGGACUUUCUAGAUCUCUGCCUCAAGAACUGCAUGCUAACCGAAACGUCGCAUCUGAAUCGUGCCAUAUUCAAAUUAUGCAAGAUUUGUCUCAAGUUCUGCGAGUUCAUACAGCGUUCACAACGUUUCUUUCUCGACGCGGAGCUCAAGUCCAUGGUCUGUGAUAGCAGUGAUGAGAAUACGGAUCUGUCCGACUCUGAGCCAGACAUAUCGGAUCGCCGGCAGUCGGAGAGCACUUUGGAUGAGACGGAUACGUUUGCGGAGCGCGUGAAACGUUUCGAUCUGGAGUUUACGGGCAUGCUUAUAUCGUUCCUUAAGCAAAUCAAUGAUCUGGCCAAGGAUAAUACCGCCGAUCGUUUCAUGAAUCUCGUCCAUAGAAUCAAUUUCAAUGGCUUCUACUCCGAACAAAUGGAAAAGCUGUGCGUCAAGAAUGCCAUGGGCUAGUUCUGCAAAAACUAAUAUCAAAACAAAUGAAGAAGAACAAAACAAGUAAAAAAAGACAAGCAAAUCGAGUAUUAAAUCAGACAAAAGUAAAGUAAUUAUCAACCAAA